AAUUUUAUCUUGGUUGACUGCAGUAGUUUUGUAAGUAAUGUUAUAGUUGCCUCUUGGAUCAUAGGCCAAAAUUUUGCCUUGGCAAAGGUCAAAGGUUCUGGUUGUUAUAAUUCAGUCGCGGUCGCGUUGUUUUAUCGACAUGUGUUCGCCCGCGUUACAACAUUCGGAUGAGUGACGUCGUCUCUUGCGAGAAAUCCAGCCUCGACCGCGACAUAGAGAGCCUAUCGCACGAAGACCUGUGCGAAAUAACGCAAAGCAGUUUAAGGAGGCUGAUCGCGUCCGAUCCGCUGUUGUCGGAUUUACCUGUAGACGUCAUAACGGAAGAGGUCCAUGCCCAGAUCGCGGUCAUACAGGGCCAGUCCAUCACGGUAACGAUCGGACGGUACUCAGAGACCCCCUUGAACGUGGUGAUCGCGUGCACCAAUUGGAAACGCGUCAUGAUGGUGCUCACCGGCCGGUCUAACGUCUCCAAUCUCGUAGAUAUACCGGCCUCCGUCGCGCAUGCGAACUACUCCACCGUCAGAUUAUCGCAGCUGCCUCCCUCUGAAAUAAGGACCGUCCUUCGCGAGUACACGCUGUUCCUGAUAGUCAGACACCCGUUCGAGCGCCUCCUGUCGGCCUACCGGAACAAGUUUACCGAGACGCUGCCCAGUUCGAAAUAUUUCCAGGCGCGGUACGGCAAGGAAAUAAUCAAAAAGUACCGGCGGGGGGCGGUCUCGUCGGACGCGAACGUCACCUUCUCGGAGUUCGUCGCUUAUCUACUGGACGAGGGGGCCGAGACGAACGAACACUGGAGGCCAGUUUACGACAUGUGUCUGCCGUGCACCUUGAACUACACUUUCGUCGGACGCUACGAGACGUUGGUGGAAGACGCGAGGACCGUGCUCAAUAUGGUAGGGGCGCCGCCCCUUGCGUUUCCCGUGACUCGACCCGCCCGCACCCGCGACAACCUCAAGCGGUACUACCAGGAACUGUCUGUGUACACCAUCGGCCGUUUGUACCGCCGCUAUCUCGCCGACUUUAAACUGUUUGGGUACGGGUUAGAGGACUUGCUGGGGUACGACUUGGCGUAA